AUGUCAAGAAAAGUCAUAAUUGUCGGGGAUGGUAUGGUGGGGAAAUCCGCCCUCCUUCAAGCCUUUGUCCAUGGAGCUUUCCACGAAAACUACAUCCCUACAGUUUUCGAAACCACCGCGAUGGAUGUUGAAGUUGGAAGCGGAAAACAAGUUACACUGGGUCUAUGGGAUACAGGAGGGCAGGAAGAGUUUGACCAGAUUCGUCAGUUGGCCUAUCCGGGAGCUCGGGUUAUUCUCCUCUGCUACGCAGUGGACUCGCCAACAAGUCUUUCCAAUGUUGUCCACACGUGGAGUGUUGAAGUGAAGAAAUUCUGUCCGCAAGUUCCAGUUCUCAUCGUUGGAUGUAAAUCAGAUUUGAGGGGAUCUAUGUCAUUUCGAGGAAAGCUAGUCAAUCCAAAAGAGGCAGUUGAAAUUCAGCGGCAGAUUGGUGCGAGGAUUCAAAUUGAAUGCUCAGCCAAAACUCUCUCAAACGUUCACACAGUCUUCCAGUUGGCAGCAGAAUAUGUUUUACAAGGUGAGGAUCUUCAUGACAAUCACUCUAGUAAACGAGGUCCUCAAAAUUGUCUGAUAUCCUAG